GGGAAAGGGCAAGUGAUGACGUCCUUACAGGGCGUCAUCUGGCUUGACGUUGUAAGCGAUAAGUAAAGAAAAAGGACUGGAGUUGCACAAUUGACGCAGCAUGCACUCUGUUUUUCCUCUGUGUGACUCACCGGUUCCUGUUUUGUUUUCCCUCAUUCACCAGGCUGGCAAGCUGCUGAAGGUUGGCCGCGGUACGCUUCUGCGCUACCCCGACUCGUUUCUGGCGAAGCUCGUCGACGAGACCUGGAGCCGCGGCGAGGGCACAGAGGACAAGCCGCUGUUCAUCGAGAGCGACCCGGAUCUCUUCCCCCACAUAGUCGCGUUCCUGGUCAGAAAAUCAACGCAAGAGUCGCAUUCUCUGUCUUUCGAGCAUUGCAACAAUGCGUGUUCGUCACUGUGUGCAUUUCACCAUCAGAGGCAUGGCAAGCCCAUAUACGUGGAGGCGGGCGUCUCGCGCACACGGCUGCUCAGGGAGUUUCAAUACUUCUGGUGAGGCAAUGCACCGCAACAGACAAACAAGAAAGGCCCAUUCAUCCUUCACCAUAAUUGCAGCCUGCCCGUCGCCGAUCGGGACAUCAAAUACGAGGGCGGCCGGUCGUCGGUGGGCCGGGCAUCGUGUGGCCACUCGGAUGACCGGGAGCGGCUGUGGGCGCUGUGGGUGCUGGAUAGGCUGACACAGCGGAUGGAGCCUCCUGACGCCAAGAACGUUUCGCGAUACUGGGAGGUGGAUCGCUUUGGGCGCGAUGGUGUCUGCAGAGGGGGCAUCUGGAUCGGUGAGUCGGCAAGAUGGGGGCAAUCGAGGGCAGGAAGGAAUAGAGAGCUGGAGGAGAAGCUGGUGGGUCUCAUUGUGGAUGAGUGAAUGUUGUGCAGACAUCAAGUACUAUGACUAUAGCUCGUUUCCUGGCGGCGAGACGGCCAUUUUCGACUGGUAUGACGACACCUCGGUCUCUGACAUCAAGGUGGGUGAGACCGUGGUUGAAUGAAACGCCUGACGCCCAACUGAUCAAGCAACCAGCCGAUCUUGCUGCUGCUGCUGCUGGUGUCUGUGGUGUGGCCAUGUGUCAGCGUGUGUUGUCGGAGUAUGGCGUGGUCAUCCAUGCGAUCAACCGCCAGGGUGACUACGAAGAAAAGUUGGAGUUCUUUGACGACGGCGUCGCCAAGAAACAACCCGCGAAGUCACUGCACCUGGUACACACACUCACACAAUUACACAUACACACACGCACAGAUCUCGUCGUCUCAUCUCAUCUCGUCUGGAGUUGAUCAGGUUUGUGGUUUCGAGUCGAAGCAGGCGUACGAGCGGCACUGGGUGGUGCACGAGUGCAAGCGGCCGGGCGGGUUCGCCGUCUUCUCACUCCCAUUCAGAAGACAUAACGACUGAACGCACUCGCCGCACACACCAGCAAGGAAAUAUAGGCACUCACUGUGGAUAGUCAUGUGGCGAAAGGGACGACAGACAGGCAGGCAGGCAGGCAGACAGGCAAGUGGAGAGAGCGACGCUGUGUGUGGUGUAGUGUGGCUGCCGCACGUGUGUCUAGUGUUUCUUCCUUGAGAAUUCGCUGCAGUCGCGGUUUGUAUACAGCCUGCCUGCCUGCCUGCCUACCUGCAUGGGUGCCCUGGCUGGCUUGGCGACACGAUGACUGAUUGACGCCUGGCUUUCUAUAUGCUCUAUGUGUGCGGGUGGUGUACAUAUACAUGUAACUGAUGACCCGGUCGCUGCUGGCGCUUUCUCUCUCUCUGUCUCUCUCUCUCUAACACUUUCAAUCCCCGCAGUUUUCCCGCACAGACAGACAGACAGACGCCCUCUGCUGUCUGUCUGUCUGUCUGUCGCGAUGAGUGUUAGUGCCUGAUGAUUGAUUGAUGGAUUGGUUGGUUGGCCAUGUUGUAAUUCGGCAUGCAUGUAUCGUAACUUGCUAACAAACUGGCUGCUGCACGUUUGUGUGUGUAUAUGUGUAUGUGUGGAUGCUCGCAAAUGAACCGAGUGAGGUACUGGUCUGUGUGUAACCUUGACUCGUGUUGACUCGUCGCGUCUCGUCUCAUUGGUCGGUCGGUCGGUCGGUCUCGUUUGUGUUUGUGAAGAGGGGGCCGCCGGAGAGGAGAAAGAAAAGAGAGGACGGACUGGUAGGAAGGAAGGCACCCCGGGUCGUGCUGCUUCGAUACACACCCACCCACACACCCACACCCACACACCCAGCCACACACAAGCAAGGAAGCAAGCUCCCUCGCGCUUCUUGUUGCCCCCCUCGCGCUUCUUGUUGCC